CUCCUGUAAGUACAAGAAGGAAAAGGAAAUAUGUGACUGCGGAGAAUCUGAAACUCCUGUCGGGCCAAUAUGUGUAGGCAUCUUCUCAGGGAUAUUGAUAAUUGGAUUUUGGAUCACAACUAUUAACAGGACGAUUGACAGCCAUAAGCAAAAGCAGAGUAUUCAACAAGUAGAAGAAUCUGCUUCAGAGCAAUCAACUCCACGAGCAUAUCCUCUUACUCCGGUUGCUUCUUCAGCACCAACUGAAACAGCUGCAGCACAGAAUACAGGUGGCACUGAGGUUACAUCAGAAGAAAAAGAGGCUGAUCAGUUGCCAGCAAAAUCAUCAGCACUGUUUCCAAUUAAUCCCCUGACACCACCACCACCACAACCCUUAGGUUUUCAGGAUCCUGCUUUAAAUCCAGCUGCAGCACCGCCGUGUCCUCCGUACUCUUUUAACACCCCAGAAGCUCCAAGUUUUGCUCCCACGGCACCAAAUGAACCUCCUCCACCAUACUCUCUCUACCCUUCAAAUGAUCAGAGUUUACCUUCUCACACGCCUAGUCAGUUUCCUAGUGCCACUGUACCACCUGUUUCAGAAAGUUCAUCAGUAACACCAUGCCCUCCCAAUCCGUCAACUCUACCUUAUCCAUACAGUCCUUGAGCAAAUACCAUACCCUAUAGAAAUCUCUUUGAGAUCUCUUCUUAGGAUUUCUUUAUUGAUGUUGCAAUAUAUACUCCUAAACUAGAUUCAUCUAUAUUCUCAUGUUGCUAUAUAACAAGAAGAAAUUGCUUCUCCAUGUUCAUAGCAAAGAGGAUUCUCAUGUACAGUGAGAAGGUACUAUGAUGAUUUAGAGAAGUAUGGAUGAAGAAAAGGUUGCAUAUUUUUAAGAUAUGCUUAACAUCAACUUUACUGAGUGUGAUUGCCUGGUUAACAUCUACAACAGCUGAGAAAGAGCCUGGAAGUUAUGAGGGUUUAUGACGCACACAAGUAAGCAAUGAGUUUUGAUAUUCAGUGACGAUGAUAUUAUUAAUUUAAAAUGUCUUGUUAUGCAUAUUACUGUAGUGUCAUUAAUAUCAAAUACUAAUAGUUUUAAGUGAUGACAGAGCUCAGAGUUCUGUACUGCAGUUUCCAUCCUAACAAGAACACAAUGUAAUGAGUCAGUUUUCCAAGGAUUUAUUAAUAGUUUUGCCAGUAGUUUUGAAGGAUGUUCCUGCAUUGGCUUUUGGAUUUUUUUUUCACCUAUGCUAUCAAGAACUCUCAAUGGUUCCUAUGGAUUAAUAUUUCUUGCUAGAAAGGUCAUGUAGCAGAAAUGUAAGGCAGAGCCCAAUUUUUUGCACAAGAUUAGGCCUUACAUAUUUUAUUGAGAUUGUUUCGAAACACUUGCAGCAUUGAUAUUACUUAAUAUGAUCAUACAAUUGAUUUUUUGAACUUGUGUUCAAGAUACAGAUUUUCAAGCAAUCUGUGGCAUCUUGUCCCAUACCCAUGGUAAUGAGUUAAAGGAGUAGACUAGGAGUGAGAAACUAUUUUUAUAAAUAUCCACCUUGCUUUAAGCAUUGGUCAGGUCAUAGCAUGAGCCUUUUAGAGGGUAAUCUCUCCUUACUGGAGCCUUCUUUUCACAAGAUAGGUUGUUGAAUUCAUCAGACUGUCAUGUUGUUGAAUAUAUAAGGCAUUUUCAACUGUGUCCUUGAUAUGAUGGAACUCUUAUAAUGUUUGGGAAUGUUUGUAUAAUUAUAACAGAAUUAUAAAACUGGGCAAUGCCAUAUGCCUUUCAA